AUGGAAAAUUAUAAAUUAACGCCGUCUCAAUGGAAAGUAAUAGACUUCCCUUAUAAUGCAUCCUCCACUUUAAAGAUAAUCGCUGGUCCUGGUUCAGGAAAGACCCUUACUCUAUUGCACAAGAUUCAUUAUUUGAUCCAAUCGGGACAACUUCGACCCAACGAGGUGUUGGUCUUAUCAUUGACCAAUAAAGCUGUGGAUAAUAUUAUUGAUAAUCUGUUAUCGAUCUUUGAGUUGAAUAAUGUAGAAGAACAUCCUCCCGCCAUAUUGAAAGAGUUAGUGGAACAAAUCGGUGUGUAUACAAUUCAUGGUUUAGCCAAUCGAGUUGUUGUAGAAAAUGAGGGAUUAAUUACUAUUAUUGAAGAAAAUGGUUGGAGAGGUCUGUUAAAAUUAUUACCGACAGAUUUUUGGCAAAAUAGAAGAUUGAAUAGCAAUGGACUAACGAGAGAAUUACAAGCUGCCUUGAAUGAAUUUAAGAGCAAGAAUGCUAUCUCUAAAAAUAAUAAAAGCACCAAAAAGCAAGAUGAAGUCAUUGAAAAGCUAGUCACUAUUAUGAACAACGGUAAAGUCUUAACGAAUGAUGAUUUGAUUCUCAGAGCCACUGAGUACUUAUCUAGAAUUGCCACCCCCUCGACCAUCGAGAAUGAAAUUUCGGAGGAAUCGUUCACCCAGGCGUUGAAAUCGAAAUACAAAGUGAUCUUAAUUGAUGAGUAUCAAGAUCUAUAUCCAUCGUUACUGCCGAUUAUACAAAAGGUUUCAUCCGAAAAACAAUUGAUAAUGUUUGGUGAUACGAAUCAGAGUAUUUAUGGAUUUCUAGGGGAUAAUUCAGAAGUAAUAACUGCUCUUGAUAAGCUUCACCUGACCAAUUCACAGACUCUCCACCUUUAUGAUAACUUUCGAUGCACACCAGAAAUAAUAAAUUCCGCCAACAGAAUUCUGUCAAACCAUCAUCAGGGACAUUCAACAGCUGAAGAUUUGGUCUUAAAGAAGCCAUCUGGUGUUGCCCCCCAAAUACACGAAUUCGUUGAUCCAUUAGAUGAAUUAGAAUUUCUCGUAGAUAACAUUACACAAUCUGUUUGUUCUUCUGCUAAAUUUUCCGACAUUGCCAUACUUUCAAGGACAAACAAGCAUAUUCAAACCAUAUCUGAACAUCUUACCUCGUAUGGAAUUCCUUUUGAGAAAUUGACGGUGCAACCGGAUUGGUUGAGUGAUACGAGGAUUCAAUUUAUUAUAGAUCUGUUGAAAGUUGCCUUAUUAUCAUUCAAGGGGGAGCAUGCAGAGGAUAGAAUGGAAAAGCUGGAAUAUAAGUGGCAAAGUGAUUUCAAUGUCAUUGUCACUUUGAGUGCUAUAAAGGGAAUAGGGAACAAAUCCAUUCAAAUGUUGUAUUCAGCAUGCAAUGCAAGGAAAUGCUCAUUAUGGGAGUACAUUUCGUGCGUUUCCAAAGAAGAAUGGCCAUCUACUGUAUCUAAUAAGAAGAAGGUGGAAAAUUAUACUUCUUUGUUAAAGCCCUUGAUUAAAGACGGUAAGAUAUGCGAUUUAGACGAACCAAGUAUUUUACUGAAGGAGAUAGUUUCCAUAAUCAAUGAUUUAGACUACGAUCCUUUAAAAUUUCAAACAACCAAAGAUAUGGAAAUUUUCAAAAAGAAUUUAGGGGAAAUGUUUAAGAUUAUGAAAUUGUCCAAAUCAAAUCAACCGCAGGAUCAUCCUAUAUUUGUCGAGUGGUUCCUGGAGACGUAUUUUGAUCAAAGUUUAAUAUUCCACAGGGCCAAAUUGGAAAGUGAAUUAGAUGAUGGGAGUUUGGGAUCGGUCAAAUUAUCUACGAUUCACUCAUCCAAAGGGUUAGAGUUUCCUAUUGUAUAUUUAGCCGGUGGUCCCAUGGGGCUCAGUUACCCGAUAGAGGAUAAAUCUCUGUAUGUUGGUAUGACGAGGGCUAGAAAUUUGUUAUAUUUAUUAAACACUAAACAUGGAAGGCUUGGAGAACCUACUAAUAAAAGUAUGUCUCCAUUAUUGAACAAUGAACCGUUUUGGAAUUAUUAUAAUCUCGAUAUGAAAAGAAUACAUGCUAAUCCUUCACGAUUGUUCAAUUCCAAUAUAAUAAGGUAUAAUAAAAUUGGCGGGAAAUUCGGUUUAGGUAAAAGAACGUUUAUGACAUAUCUUCGACCAACAUUUAAACUAUGUAAAUAUCUAUUGUAA